AUGGCCGAAUACCCCCCAGAACUCGUCAAAAAGUUUAUCAUACGGCACGAGGACAAUGUCAAGGCCGUAGAGGGCUUUGCAUUCUCUACGCUUGCUAUUGUUGGCAUCUUCGUUCUUCUUCAUCUCUCAAGAAUCACAUAUCAUGCACUUGGGCGUCGGCAAAAGGGUAGCCGUGCCCUGGCCGUGUUGUCGUCACCCAUGAGGGUCGCUCGAAAACUGUCCAACCACUCGUUUCCAUUCUUCCCUUCGACAGGGCAUGCCGUUAUCGUUGCCAUUUACGUUGCACUCAACAUUGUGUUUCUCUUUGCCUUUAUGAACAACAGCAAUUUUGGCUUUGAAACCAACUUCGCGUCCAGAACCGGAUGGCUUUCCAUGAUCAACAUGCUCUUCUCUGUCUUCCUGGCGCUGAAGAACACUCCUCUGGCCUGGCUUACAGCCUGGUCUUACGAACGUCUCAACAUACUGCACCGAUACUCUGGCUUUUUUGCAGUCUUUCACAUGAUUCUUCAUGCCGCCAGCUAUUCGGCCUACUUUGCUAGUAACGGACAACCCUUCAUGCUUACCAUGCAGACUAGCAUCUACGGCAUCAUCGCUGGAGGAUCCUUCUUUCUGCUUGGUGUCAGUGGCAUUGUGCUACGCCCAUGGUGGUAUGAGCUAUUCUACUACGUCCAUGUCGUCUUCUUUGCCCUCGCCAUUGUCAUGAUAGGUCUUCAUCAGCCUUCGAUCGUUGACGGCUUUCUGGUCAUCACGAUUCUCACUGGUGUCAUUUGGGGACUUGACAGACUCCUUCGCGUGGCUAGACUUUUCUUCAGCAGCGCCAACAACAAAGUUACUCUCACUCCGCUUCCCCAUGGUGGUACCAGAGUCACGCUCGCUAAGUCACCUCUGGGGGCGCUUUCUGGAAAGCAUUGCUUCUUGUGGAUCCCAGCCAUUCGCACCUUUGAGACGCACCCGUUUACCAUUACUGCCAUGGAUCCUCUCGAGUUUGUUGUGACAGCGCAUGACGGUUUCACAAAGGAACUACACGAUCGCGCUCUUGCGCAGCCUGGAGUCGAGAUUCACGCGGCCGUCGAAGGCAGCUAUGGUACAUUCCCGACGCCCUCAAACUUUGACCAUAUUGUUUUGAUUGCUGGCGGAACCGGUGCUAGCUUCACUUUCGGGGCUGCCUUUAAUGCUCUCAAGCAGCUUGGUCAAAAGAAUACUUCCAAGAUUAUGUUUGUCUGGACUGUCCGCCAUCGAUCUAUUCUGAGCUGGUACUCCAGCCACCUUCACACACUCGGCAAUGACAGCCGAGUAUCUGUCCACAUUUUCGUCACCAAGGGUCGGGAUCUGAGCAGCAGUGGUGGAAAUUUCACGACUGGAUCUGAGGAUUGGGAGCUGGACGUCUUCCGGACGACUUCGAGAACUCAUAUCGCGCCUGCCAACAUGUCCUCUGCCUCAAGCAUUAGAAGUGAUGUCGAAAAGGGCAUGACGACUGUUAAUGAGUCGGAAAUGGACAGCUACGCCGGUCUUCCGAUUACGUGGAAGCGUCCAGAUGUACCGGCCAUGAUUCGUGGCGUAGUCGCAGAGGCAGGCAGAGAUCAGAGUGUCCUGGUCAUGGGCUGCGGGCCAAGCGCGCUGAUGACACAGGUUCGCAACACUACAGCAGCGUGCAUUCGGUCGGAUGGUCCCGCUGUAGAGUUGCAUUGUGAGCAGUUUGGCUGGUAA